AUGGUUCGCCGCCCAGGAAUUCUCGCUGUGUUUUUCGUGUUACUCAGCGUGUCUCCGGCCACAAACACGUCGGCGUCCCUCUCUCCUUUCACAAAGACUACUUCUACUCGCGUUGGUGUCGAGUGUACCAAGGUUGGCAGCUUUUUCUCCGCAGUUACGAGGUUGUGCAUCUGUGAACCAUGUCACGUGUGCGAGUUCAAGAAGGUUUCGAUGACCUGCGGCUACAAGAAGCAAGAAGGUAUGGACUUAUCGGACGGGUCAGACCUGACGGUCGAUCAACCUUUGCUGUUACCGACGGACUGGUUUCUAACUGAGGAGGAGAUCACGGCGUCACGUAAUGGUACACCUCGAAGCGACUUGGCCACUUACACGACUGGGAAUGACGUGACAACGUACACAGUUACAAAGGAGUACUUCGAUGCUGCUUUCAAGGAUCUCUCAUCUACCGGUGAAGGAGAUCGAGUAAUGCUGGCUGGUUGGGGUACAGACCUCAUUCCUUUUCAACCCGAUGUUGACGGUGGCAACAAGUCCCAAUUGCACGACGUGGUUGAAGGCGUGAUACAACGAGGCGGCAGUUUUCACGCGUUAGUAUGGGCGAAUUUGUUGAACAAAGCCCAGAAUAUCAAGGUCCGUGACGACAUUAACGCUAUCCCAGCAUCACCGACGACAGGCGAGAAGCCGCUUUUUCUUUUUGAUGAUCGAACGCGAACGAUUACGUCGACUCACCACCAGAAAAAUUUGAUUAUCGCGGCUACCAAUUCCAUGGGGAAGGAUGAACACCCUGUGGCUUUUGUUGGUGGAAUUGACAUCACUUCCGAUCGCUGGGAUACUAUGUACCACAAUGAGUCGGAGCUACGUGAAGAAACUGGUGUAAAAGGCGACUUCGACGGCUGGUUGGAUGGUCAUGUUCGAAUCCACGGGCCAGCCGCGAAGGAUGUGGCUGCAAACUUUAUCAGUCGCUGGAACUCUGACUACGAGCCAACACAAGGUCUCGCUCCGGACUUGCUCGACUUUGAAAAUCCUACAUACGAAGACUUGGAGCCUCUGAAGUACGCAAGCAGCACCACAAAGUCGAACCUAGGUAAUCAGAACGUGCAGAUCGUACGCACUUUCAGUUGUAAGUACAAGAACUAUGCCGAGUUCGCUCCUUAUGGCGAGAACUCGCUAUUCCAAGCACGUAUCAAGGCGCUAUUGAACGCGAAGAACUUUAUCUACAUCGAGGAUCAAUACUUCAUCCUCGUGCCUGAGCUGCUAGAAGCGCUUCUAGAAGUGAUGCCCACAAUCCAGCGACUCAUUGUGGUGGUGCAGCGUCCUGUUGGGGAAUCGAAAGCCUCUGGAUAUGAGAAAUAUCUCUACGAAAUGACCUCUCCUAUUCAGAAACUUUACCCAAACAAGUUCCAGAUUUACACCACGAAGGAAGAGCUUGAUCUCUACAUCCACACUAAAGUUGUGAUCAUCGACGACGUUUACCUAUCGGUUGGUUCUGCGAACUGGAAUCGCCGUAGUAUGAUCUCGGACUCGGAGUUGGCAGCCAAUAUCAUUGACGAUGAGACUGUGGAAUCUCCGGACGGAGUCAAGGUACUAAAAGCCGCACGCGACUUUCGAAUCCGCAAAUUUCGAGAAAUGACGGGUCGUAGCUACGAGGAAUUGGACAGCAUGACGUUUAUCGAGGCCGCGAACCAGUUUGAUGUGGUUGCUGCUGAUAACUCGAGCAUCAUUGAAACUCAUGGUGAAGUAGACGGUUCUGAUUACGGGAAGCAACCGCGGUCUCGGAUUCGCGUUUACCAAGCACUACACGAACGCUGGUUGGAGCGUCAUUGCCACUUCACGCAAGGGCAGCGACUCCCAACACCUGGAGACCUAUCGCCAUUUAAGACGCUGACAGUCGACGUCCAGGACGAAUCCACUGUGCUUCAGGCUGCAAAGGAGCUCAAGGGUAUCCCAAUUGACUUGUUGAUCAACAACGCUGAUAUUUAUACUGGAGGAGACAGCAUGGCAUCGACGAUCAAGGAGAGUAUGAUGAAGGAAUUUGAGGUCCAUGCGGCGGGGCCGCUUUGA